UUGGCUUCAGAACGUUCAUCUCAGUUAGAAUCUUAUCUCUAUGAAAAUUAUUUCUCUGUUAAAAGAAGGAAAACUACGUUAAACCAUUCGCUUAAUGAAUGGCCUUAUCCUAUUCCAGUUCUCGUUUUUGUUUGUAAUCGUGCUUUGGCUAUAAAACAUCAUUUGGAUAAAUUGCUCAAGUAUAGAAGCUCAGCUGAUAAAUUUCCCAUUAUAGUCAGUCAAGACUGUGAUGAUAAAUUAGUUACAAAUGUUGUCAAAAGCUAUGGCAAUUCUGUAAAUUAUAUAAAACAUCUUAGCGGUGAAAAAGUGAAUAUCAGUACGGCUGCUGGCCAUCGUCGAUAUUUAACUUAUUAUAGAAUAGCACGUCAUUAUCGACUUGGCUUGACCUAUGUCUUUGAUCAUCUUAAGUAUUCAUCUGUAAUUAUUACUGAAGACGAUCUUGAUAUUGCUCCAGAUUUUUUCAAUUACUUUAGUGCUACUCGUUAUUUGCUUGAUCGAGAUCCAUCCUUAUUUUGCAUAUCUGCUUGGAAUGAUAAUGGCAAACUGAAUUUGAUAGAUAAGGAAGCUGCUGAAGUUUUAUAUAGGAGCGAUUUUUUUCCAGGGCUGGGUUGGAUGAUGUCAAGUGAUUUGUGGAAAGAGCUGGGGCCAAUAUGGCCUAGUGGUUUUUGGGACGAUUGGAUUCGUGAUCCGUUGCGGCGCAAAGAUCGCGCAUGUAUCCGACCAGAAAUCUCGCGCACGGGAAUGACAAAAGAAGGGCAAGAUGGUGCUAGCAAUGGCUUGUUUUUCAAUAAACAUUUGGCCAGAAUAGCUAUUAAUCAAUAUCCAGUUGAUUUUACUGCUGAGAACUUGGAUUAUUUACUAAAGGAAAAUUAUGAUAAAGUAUUUCUCGAGCGAGUUUAUUCAGCAGAAGUUAUAACGACAUUAUAUCUAUCCAAAACGAAACUAUUAAAAAGAAAUAAUGAAUAUCGUAUAGAAUACAGCACAAUUAUUGAUUAUUUGUUUAUUGCAGAAAAAUUGCAAAUAAUGCGCGAUUUCAAGGUAAAUUUAUUAGCUUGA